AUGUUUGACAAAUCAUCGGGCCAGGUCUACAGAGAAUGGACGGUCCCACGACAGAGCCUCACCGUGCAUGGUGGCGACCGAGAUUGGUCUCGUCGGAGACCGUAUCCUUUAUUCACUCCUCGAGGGACAAAGGGUCCCCGCUCGCUGAUGGACAUGGCAACUCAUGUUAUUGCCAACAAUAUUGGAGAUGUGACGGAGCGCCAUCUUCUAGACUCAAUGCCCGUCCGGCUACUUUGGCGCAUCUGGCUAUUUCUCGAAGCAAGAGGUGUUUGCCUGCAUGCAUGGAAACUGUUCUCCAAAAUCUUGGUAGCGGACGACGAAGACAAGACUCUCGGACUGUAUCGGUUCAGGCAACACAUAUGCCACCCGCAAGAAGAGCUCAAAAUCUACACCCAGCCUUUGAUGUCCCCAUCAACCGACUUCAUCGCACAUCUGGUCAUCAGCGGCGGCUGCCAGUUUAGCACCCAUGAACUGCUUUGCCUCGCGGGUAUGAAGAGUCUCGGGGUGUUGGAACUCAUCCAGCCAGCUGACGAGGUGCGAGCUUCAUUCCCCGAGGUAAGCGAUAGGCUCAUACGUGGUUGGGCAGAGAUGGAAAAUCCGUUCCCACUCCUACGAGUAUUGCGCAUCUGGAGGGACCAAGAUGCUACGCAAGAAUCACUUCGCUGGGUGACAAAAUUUCCAUCAUUGGCAUUGUACGAUGUCAUGGCUUCUCGAGGCGACUGGCCAGAUCCGUCCGGUUCUGCUCUUGAGCAUGGCUGGGAGAUGGCUGGUUCCGCCAGCGGCAUGGAAGACUCAUUGCUGCGAUACCUGAUGCUCUUUGCGCCCCUUGAGCAAAUUCGAAGUAGUCGUCUGAGAGAUCUUGCGAGAAGAGUCGACGCGGACUUGUCUUCUCUUUGCGGUGACUCUCGCUGUGCUGUAAAAUUCGUCACAGACCGCCAAGCUCCCCCUUUGUUGGACUACCUGACAGAUACCGCAAAUGCUUACCUCCCUACCUGGGAUAUAGAAGCUUCUUCGAGGGAUGUAGGGUCUUGCCACGGAAUCGCCUUCGAAGCCUGGGCCUUUUGGCUGUACGCCUUCAUCGGCCAACUGGGCGGGGACGAGGACUUGAGAUCUCGUGGCGUUCAGUCCGAUACUCAAGCUGUUGUCGGACCAUUUAUUUUGCCCUCGAAACCAUUUGCCAGCUUAUUCCUGGGACACAACGGUCGAGGUGGUAUCACGAAUACUCCAUCAUAUGUCAGCCGAGGACUUUUUGCAACAAAGCGAAUGACAUUCACUCGCCCUCCCAACUUGCAAGGUCGAGACGAACCCCCUUUACCACAGAAGAUGUCGAGGAAGACGACAAACUUGGCGUGGGACGAUCAAGUGGAACAUUCAUUGCGCAGUAAAAAGAGACAGAGACUGGAUGAUAUUUUACAGUCGCUAAGCAAAUAA